AUGUGAUUUUCAGUAGAUGCUUCGAUUUAUUGCUUUGUCAUGUGUGCGUGUGUGUGUUCAAGUGCGUUGUACCUGUUGCCACAACUAAAAAUGAAAUUACACUAGCUCCAUCGAGCAUAUAAACACACGUAAUGCGAGAGAUUGUCUUUUAUGCCAGCGAACCGAAUCAAAAUUGAUGAUACAAAGUGGCAUUUAACGUAAGAUGUGAAGAAGUUUUGCUUUGAAUACAAAUACAAAUGCAAGCAUACACAUACCGAAAUAAUCAGUAGAUUGUUUCCUCUAUAUUUACCUGAAUGUUUGGAUACAAGCUUCAACUUCGACAUUGACUUGAUCGGGCCACACAAUUCGGGAAAUUAAAACGAAACUUUAUAUGAGAUAGUGGAUUGAAUAUCGAUAAAUGCGUACCAACUAUAGACGAAUUAGCUGAAUUCAUUGAGCACUUUGCCAAUUAAGUGAUGUGAUUACGGAUAUCUUAACAGAACACGUUUUCCUAUGAUGCUCUCUUACAUUAUCAUCAUCAUCGUACACAAACUGGUGAAUUUGAAGAUAUCCGUAUGUCGAUGAUGUCGAGAGGGAGACAGAGAAAGAGAGAGAGAUAGUCGAUUGAUUUCAAUUUGUUCAAGUGCUUUGAUUGAACCCGCAAGCUACUUAAUUGCUGCAUAGGUUCACUGUGAUUGACAGGUGCACAAGGAAUCAACUCAUGUUCAAAAACAUCCGUAUCUAUGUUAUUGGAAGCCUAAAGGAACUAAAGAUUGUUUUCCAUUGUUAUUGUGAGUAAGAGUCGAAUAGCCCGUAAUGAUUUCGUGUGCGUCCGGAAAUUAUUUUCAAUCAUAAAAAAGUAAGUCUAAUUGAACUGUGAAAAACGAAUCAAAAACGGCGGAAAACACCAUAAAAACCGAGAAAAAAGAAAUUCCCGUAAAAAGUGUAAUAAGUAAUAAUAAACUAAGUGAACAAAAAGCACUCACAGGGCCAAUAAAAACAAUGACAAUGUCGAGUAAAUUGUGUCGUUGUUGUUGUUGCCAUCGUCAUUGGUUGUGUGUGUAAAAUCACUAUUCGCCCCUGAUAACCGUCAUACACCGUCAGUGUGUGUACAAAGAAGAGUGUAUUGUUAACGACGAGAGCGAGAGAAAAAAAUACGCAUAUGAACUUGGGAGUGUUGGACAUAUGUCGUGGUGACCAAUUGCUUUUACAACGAUUGUUCGGCGAAUGUUUGCAUUGAACGUGUGGCUGCGAUCAUUAAACAAUAUUGUUUCCGUGCAACGAUAAAAUAUACAAACAGCAAAAGCUUCUCGGCGCGUGCAAAUACAGCGAAGAGAAGAGCAAAAAAAAAAACACCACCCAACUAACAAGCGAAUCAACCAAAACUCAAAUUGAAUUGUGAACUCGGAUGUACUGGUUGACGGUACUGGACAAAUUUCCAUUGCAUGGCAUAGUGCGCCAAUUACUUGCCGUGUACUCACAUAUAUGUCUGUGUAUUUAUACACGAGCUCAGUAUUUCUGACCAUUUAGAUGUGAUACCAAUCUUUACGCAGCAAAAAAAAAACGAAUUUGAAGUCGAUGUGUGUGCUGGUGUUUUUUAUUCGCUUGGUUUUUCUGUCCGUUUGCUCGUUCUCGUAACUCGUUACGGUCAACAAUUUAUUUGCCACUGAAGACACCACAAAAUAAUUAACGUGAACACACACGGGGUGCACAGACAACGUGUGAAAAACCAAUGAUAGAAAACAAUAAUAAUUUGUGUUGAAUGUUCAGAAGUUGUGUGUGCGUCGUAUAUCAAAGUUUUAUAUGAAGAAAGUAAUGCUGCAAGCCAAUUAAAGCAACGAGUUGUGACUUGUCCGGAACAAAGUUCACUGGGUAAACGACGAAAUCAGACGAUAGUCACGCAUUUAUACAAACACAUCGGAAUAAGUCCAAUUAAAUUUUGUUGGUUAUUUUUGGUUGGUUUUUUCUUCUUCUUUUAUAUCCGAAGAACAUCUAAUUACAGUGAAAGCAAAUAUAAAUAUGAAAUACAAAAUAAAUAACGAAAAACUGAAAAUAAGUGUGAAAAUAUGAUGUGUGGUAGUGAAACGACGAUAGCAACGUCAUCGACAAUAAUAAUACCAAACGAAUGCAGCGAUAAUAAUUAUAUGAGACAUAGAAAUUUUGUGCAAAAUCACAACAACAACAUUAAAUCAUUUGGUGUGAACGAAUUGAAUUGGCGGAAAAAAUUAUCAUCAUCCAAUUACCAACAUCAUCAGCAUCAUCAUCGUUGUCAUCAACAUUACCACAUCGAUAAGCAUCAGGCGUUGUUGAGGGCACACGCUUGUCGUCACGCAUCAUACACCACAUCGACUAAUUGGAUAAAUAUCCAUCGGGUCAAAGCGAUACGUGCUAAUCGGCAUUUGCAGCCGAUUCAUCUAACACAUUUUGAUAGAGAGCGCACGCUAACAAAUCUUAAUGUACAUUUCGAAUGGAAUAGCCGUAUUUAUUUUAGUAUUUCAUCUAAAAUUUAUUCAAGAUAUGUCAAAAGCAGCAGCUAACGCUACUGUAAUUCCCGAGCAUAAUAUGUCGCUGCAUCCAUAUUUUAACUUUGAUGUACAACGAAAUGUCACAGCGAGGGUCGGUCAAACGGCAUUUUUGCAAUGCAAAGUAGAACAGCUCGGCGACAAAUCGGUUUCCUUUAUCCGGAAGCGAGAUUUGCACAUAUUAACAGCUGGAGUUUUGACUUACACGUCGGACGAACGUUUCCAGGUAAUUCGGACGGAUCGUUCUGAUCGAUGGACAUUGCAAAUAAAAUUUUCGCAGGCACGUGAUAGUGGCAUUUACGAGUGCCAAGUGAAUACUGAACCAAAAAUGUCGAUGGCGUUUCGACUGAAUGUUGUGGAAGCGAAAGCAGUGAUACCAGGACCAACUGAUAUAUAUGUAAAACAGGGUAGCGAAGUUGUACUGACAUGCAUUGUUAGCCAGGGUCCACACGAACUCGGUCAAAUUUACUGGUUACGCGGCAAACACAUGAUCGACACAAAAACCAGCUAUCAUUUAAAUGACGUUUUCGAAUAUCCGGAUCGUAUAACCAUUUCCACGGAAUCGGCUGACGUUCUUCAGUCCAGAUUAACAAUAUCUAAAGCCCGGUUAACUGAUUCGAGUAAUUAUUCUUGUAUGCCGACCAAUGCAGAAGGCACCAGUGCGAUCGUCCACGUUAUAAAUGGUGAACAUCCGGCUGCUAUGCAACGAGGAUGCGCAAACAACAACAUCAAUUUAUCUAUUUUAUUGUACAUUUUAUCACUAUCACUUUUAAUUCAAUAUUUGAACCGGAUACUGAGUACAUUUAUAGUGUUACAUGUGAUUUCACCGCAUCGAAACCCCAACAUCAACGACGACACAUCCGAAAUUCACUUGGAUUUCGUCCAUAUUCAUGCUCUGAUGCAUUCAGCAAAAAGCCCAGCAUUGAAUUUAAGAUAAAAUAAAUCCUCAGCACACCCACACAUUCAUUCACUCAAACACACAUACAUUUACUCUUUUUCUCGGAUUUUGUGAUUUAAAAAAUAAAAAUAAUAAAAAGACAGCAAAAAAAAAAACAAAGAAACGGGAAAACGUUUUUAUUAGGAAUUUAAGCGAGUAAUUGAAAAGGAAUGAUAUGAAAAAUAAAAUAAAUAUGGCAAAUGACAUUUAUACGAAAACAAACAUCUAUGUAAAUAACUCGUUACACAGCGAACACACACACUUUCGCAUUCACAUAAAUCAUAUCUCUCAAAUCAAUGUAUGUUCAUGAAUAGUACAGCAAACAAACCCAUAAAAAGCUCAACACAUAUACUUCGAUAAGCACAUAUACACUAUAUUCGAUGUGGAUUUUGUGUUAUGUCAAUUUUGUAGUCGACAGAAGAUGGUCGGGUUUCCUCUUCUCUUUUUUUUCUCGAAUAAAAACCAGUAAUGGAGAAGCACAAUUUGUUUCGAUCGCAAAUCUGAAUGAUGAAUUGAUUCAGUUUUUUAUUGACAUGGCAAUAAAUUCAAUUUCUGUAUUGAAACCCAUUCACAAUUCCAAUUGAAUUUUAAAUUGACUUGAUUUGGGUUGGCCAUGUACCAAGUGGGUCUCUUGUUUUUAACUUAAAAAGAUGUUGGCUGGAUUAUUUUUUAAUAGUUUUUGUUUGGUUUUAGUUUAUUUACAUAUUAUACUAUUUUCCAUUGAACCAAUUAAUUAUAUUAUUGAUGAU